UUGUCGAUCUGGUUAAUUUUUUCACAAGUUGAAUUUCACGUUACAGUGUUAUUACUGCGAACAGUUUCCUACCCUUAUACAGUAUACUGCAUAUAUUUGGUAUUUAUUCCCUGGAAUCUUUAAGUAUGCUUUAUGGCAGUCAGUUUGGACGCAGUGCCGUUCUUGCCCGACGGGGAGAGUUUUCACGACAGCCUUUAUUGCGAGAAAUGUCAGUGUUUUCUGUGGGAGCCCUGUUGGCAGCAUGCAGUGUUCGUUCAGGACGGAUACAGUCUUCCACUGGCCUUCGCUAGUUUGCCCGAUGGCUUGGCCUUCGAUUACGGCCUCCCACAGCAAAAUGUCGGGCCGUCCCCGGAGAAAGGCACGGUCCCGACAGUCGUGGGGCGAUCGGCCAUCCGUCCGCAAACCGUAUUCGGGCCGUUUAUAGCGCCCGUAUGUGAUGCCGGCGCAGAACACUCGCGGACAUUCUCGUCGACCGACGGGCAGUCGGUGACGUUCGAUGUGGUUAACGAUCGUUGGUGCAACUGGAUGAAGUUGGUCAGGACGGCUGACCACGGCCAGCACAACCUCCGCGUCUUCAUCCGGGAACACAAAGUCCUCUUCGUCGCCGUCAAGGUCAUCCUUCCGGGAGAAGAACUCACACUAGCACUGCCAAAGCAUAACCGGAAGGAAAUGCACCUCAGCCAUGUGGAUUACGUUGCAGUGCCUAUGGACUGUGCGAGUAGCGGGAUUGAUGUGGAUGAAGAUUCCAUGGUUAAGUGCGAGGAUCAUGACGACGCCCUUGCUAAUGUGGAAACGAUUCCAGUGUCAAUUCCAGUGGACUUUCCUGCUGCUUGUUUCUCGACGGAUACACGGGCUUUGGUGCCGGAUGAUCAGGCAGAGCUGCUACUACCACAGUCCCAACCACUGGUGUCAGCGCAGUCACCGGAGCAUUUACCAAAUGACUCAAGAUUCGUAGCAUCCCUGCCUGUACUGCGCAGCUGUCAACGCGAAGACUCACCGGAAUAUCCAUUUCCCUCCAAUUUUUGCUCACCUACAACUGAUUCGUUAACGAAAAACAGAAUCGAUCCGGGGAAAGAAAAGAGGGAUGAAAAAGAACCAGCCGCUGCUGCGUCGAAAGAGACACCGUUCUCGCGUGUUUACUCCCUUCGUACGCGAAAUGCCGUACGCGCCGGUGCAGCCUACAGUGAUGAGAAUUUAUCCGACGACAACGAUGAAGAUUUCUUUUUAUCUGAGGAUAGCGGUUCAUCUUCUAUCGAUUCCGAAUCCGAAUACUACAGCGAAGUAGAAGUUAAUGUGGAAAAUGCCACAACCAAAAAACAAGACAGAAUGCGUGGUACAACUGACGCGAAAGAAAAAGAAACCCCGUCUUCAGGCCGUUGUCGGAAUAACACUGGGAGUGUAGGAACAAAAAAGAAUUUAUCGGCAAGAAAGAGACACGCCCGGAGGGAUGCUUUUUUGGAGACACGGAACAGACAGAUUAGAACCGUGAUUGCCGUUAAUCCAUUUCAGUAUCCGGCUGGACGGCAGCGGUUGCAGGCGUAUUGCACUGCCGCGAACAUGCUCGCGCUCGACAAAGUCUCGCCAGGGAAACAAACGCUAGAUGGGUCCGUGCUGCAGAGUAUCGUAGAGAGCCGUUUAAGUACGUUCCAACUGGCAAAACGCCGUAACCGAAUCGAUGCCAUUUCGAUGCCGAAAGAGUACGUUGGCCUGAUGAAUCAACUCGCUUCACUGAAGAGCCACGAACGCAUCGACACCAGGUCCGAGAGGAUGCGCCGAUUGAACGCGGUUGCCAAGAUUAACCCCUUCCAGUUCUCCUCGCGAAGUGAACGCAGCGCCGCGUGGACAGCAGUGGGGCAGGCGUACGUGGCUGAUGACGAUGGAGCAAAGAAGGUUAAGUUUUCAUGCAUUGGACUGCAGAGGUUUGUCCAGACUCAUUUGGACGAUUUUCCCAACGUGCUCGAUCGUUUUAACGAGGUUACCGCGGAUGAAUACGAGCGAGAGUAUAUCGAAGUCAUGCGAGUGAUAGCGCAACAGGCGGGGAAGGAUUACGCCAAUGGCGCGCAUCCCUUGACCAUUCACACGAAUGUCAACGCAGUUGGAUCGGAUCAGUUGAAUGUCGCAGCUGAUCCUCCGAAAGCGCAUCCCAAACCGCGUUUUCUUGAAAAUUACGAACCCGAUAGACGCAGAAGCUACUUCAGCUACGUUUACCGUUUCGUGUGUUUUGAGUGUUCUUUGCAUUUCAAGGACGAAAAGUUGUUGAAUCUGCAUACCUUGCAGCAUAGUGAUUCGCCCGAGGAAGCUGCCGACGCGCGGGAUUGCCCAUCCUGUGAGCGAUCAUUCAACCAGCUGUCCAGUUUACUGCGGCAUGUGCUCGAUCACGGGGUGAAAGCCUCGCAGAUCAUCCACUUUAUCCCGACUGCUGACCCCAGCAUCAUGAGUUUCGCCUGUCCAACGGCUGCUCCGAUGGAUGUGCUGGCGCAGAGCCAUGACGCGCAUGACACGUGCUUCAUGUACAGUUGCGGAUUAAAACAAUGCGGACUGCGAUUCUGCACGGAGGCGAUGGCGGAUCUGCACCAAUUCAGUCACAACGUCCCGGACGAUUAUCAAGGCGACGUUGUCUGUGCGGGAUGUCACUACGUAGCCGCAGAUGCGCGCGAUUUACUGAAACACAUCAGUCGCCAUGGAGCGAAAACGAACGAUCGCAAACUAUGUCGUUUGUGCAGAGAGUUUGUUAACGAUAUGAGCCGACAUGUCCAGAAUGCGCACAAGGAGCAGUAUCUGAAGUACGAAGCAUGCCUGACGCUCCCGUGCGACCAGUGCGAGAAACGAUUUCGGACGCCUGCCCAUUUUACCACCCACAAGGCUAUUGUGCAUAGCAGAAGUUUACCAACACUGGGUUGUCUAGUUUGUGCUGAACCGUUCCCAUCAUACACUCUGCUGCAUGCACAUAUAAGAAAGGAGCAUGGAACGCAUUUGACAUGUGUGGUGUGCCAGAAAGCCUACUCCAGAUAUGACCUUUUAUAUGAUCACUCAAGGACGCACAAGGAAAUACAUAUCUGCGACACCUGCGGUUCGGUGUUCCGCUCUAAGUUUGGCCUGGAUCAGCAUCAGUACACUCACCGGUCUGACUAUUCCUUCAAGUGUGAUUUGUGUGGAAAGACGUUUAAGCGACCGAGUAAUCUGGCACAGCAUAAGAUGGUCGUCCACACGGAUAAAGUGCGGAAGAAGCGCAAAGCCAAGCGAGAGGAAAUGCGGCGGAAAGGAGUGGUCAGUGACUACAAGUGUCCACGACGGAGGAUGCUCUACGACGAGUUUCCCUAUAAAUGCGAGGAAUGCCGGCUCGGUUGGCUGCAGCUGGGCAAUCUGCAGCAGCAUCAACGGAAGAAACAUUCCCAAAGUGAUGAUACUGUGGAAUGCGGCACUAGUCAUCCGGUAUCCGCUUCCAGCGUUUAGCUAAAGUGUUGUUUGUCGGUGGACGAUAAUCGGAUGUUUCAUACCGCUUCUUGCACAAAUAUGCACACAUACUAAGAAUUUUUAUAUAGUGCACAUAUGGACGCGGCACACAAAACUUUCCAUCGACUUUUCAGCUGCCUUCGCACGUUCUAAUGAAGCACAAACUGUUUUGUGCUGAUGUGUGUAAUCUGUCAGAAAAGCUAAUCAAGAUGGAUUGGAUUCAGAGGGACGCAGGAAUCCGGGUAUUGCGACACACGACACGCCCCCUUUCUAGUGGUCUCUCUGUUACAGUUAUGUGUGUGUGUGAAUUGGUAUAAAUUGGGAAAUGCUAAGCGCUAACAUGUGUCACUUGCUUCGUAAAAUUUUUUUACCGGUAUUUUGUAUACCGAAUGCAUACCGGUAUUUUUUGUGUAGUUCUGUCGUGACCUUUCGCAUUUACGCGCCAUCAUGAUUCUAGCGUCUUUUUGCUAUCAGCUUGCAGUUGUUUUGAGGUAUAACUAUAAUAAUUCAUCAUGUCUGCAUCGGUUUAUGCAAGUGUCGGGUAUGUAUCUGGUGAUUUUGUUGGACCAGCUAGUAAGAAGAAGUUGGAUCGCAUCAAUCGGCAACACGUCAAAUGCACCAUUUAUUAUAUGGAAAGAACAACUGCCUGUAACACGAAGAUGAAUGCGGACUUCCUUUUGGAUCCAGCCACCGUAGUUAUUGCCAGUAUUCUACCUGUUUUGCAUCACUCGCUCAGCCUUGUGGACGCGGUUUUAUGGCUUAUGCCCACUUGGCGGAAUCCCGUCAAACCUUCAAACACCCACAACGUAUUUUUCAAAGUCGUCCAGGAGGUUUCGCCCGCUGCCCCCGCAUUUUACCGCACACACUUGUGCGCAAACCUUGCCGGAGACAUCGCCGCGAGACCUGUUUCACCGAAAAGCCGGUAAGCCAGUACCACCUCCAAACAUGACCUGCAUUAUGUUCCUGGAGAGUUACUCCUGUCUGGUUCCUACCUAAAGUUUUUCCUGACCCGGAUUCAUCGUCUUCGCUUACGUGUCCUGUUAUCAUUAAAUUGUUACCGCUAUUGCUGCAUGACCUCCCUGCCUUUCACAUUCCGGAUCUUCGACCUAUCGUCGUAUUGUGCAACCUUCAGUUGGCCUUUAACCAUUGUUUACUUGCGGAUUCGUCCUUAUUGCAUUUGAUCUGUGGAAUUCCCAGAUCUCCUGGAGACUAGUUUAUCGUUUUGCCUUUAAUUCGUAGGAGCAAUAGGAAUUCCAUUGCGCCCUGCUUUAUGUACAAAUUCCAGUUGUGUACGUUCCUAUGUGCAGUACUGCAUGAUGUAAGUUCGCAAAAGCAGCACCUUACCUUCGAGUUUUGCGCCGUUACCUUAUGUUCACCUUCUAUAGAACCGUUUUCGUGGUUGCCAUAAUUCGUCUUAUUGUCAUUGCCGCAGGAUGCGACAGGAAUUCCGUCGCUACCUGCUUUGUGUACGCAAUUCUUUGAUUUGCGGACAUUAAUUUUGUGAGCUGUGCUGUGCUUGGCGUGAUUUCCGCCGGAACAGCACUUUAAAUUAUUAGCGUUCAGUCCAAAUUCAGUCGUGGAUUUAGGCCAGUCUGUGGAAUUCCCAGACCAACUAAAAUCGUUCGUCUGCCUUGCCUUAUUGCCGUCGGAUGUGCAGGACUUCCUUGCAACCGGCUUUAUUACAUCUUUCGUGCAAACUCGUGUACUUCGCUCGGUGGAAUACCGCCCUAAGCCGUACUGAUUUGCUAUUUCUGUGGAUCACUUAAUUUGCCAAUUAUUUCGUGAAUGCGCAGGGAUGUGCGGAAUCCCGCACCUCACUAGCCGCGCUCAUGUAAGUGUUUCCCUUGAAUCAAUGGAAUCAGUCUUCAUAAUCGUCGCAACCGAUCCUAGGAACUAUCGUCAUCAUCACGCCGCAUUGGAUCUUCUUUUGUGUCCUUUUCGUGUUUUCGUUUUGGGUUUUUGGGCUUGGGGCCGGUUCCGGCCAUGUUCGGCAUAACUGCCCAAAGGAAGUAAAUUCCGAGCCCACCUUCGGUGUUCUCGCGUGGCGUGUAGGAGCAAUGGAUUGGAUUCAGAGGGACGCAGGAAUCCGGGUAUUGCGACACACGACACGCCCCCUUUCUAGUGGUCUCUCUGUUACAGUUAUGUGUGUGUGUGAAUUGGUAUAAAUUGGGAAAUGCU